AUGUCAAACAUGUUCCACCCAACAAUUUCUACGACUUCCUUUGAUCCUCAGUCACGAAAGAUACGUUGCUCAGGUGAAAUCGAAGAGGGAUGCACAGCUUGUCGUAAUAGAAAUCAACCAUGUCAAUACGAUCCAACAGCCGCUAUGGGUCGACCUAGAAAAUAUCCUCGAAAUGAAGAUAGUCCAACACCUCAGCCAAUCCCACCAUUCUUUCCUCAAGGAUUUACUGCAAACUUUCAUCGAGUUUGGGAACAUCCUCCUACUAGUUUUGCUCGUCAGAUUCCAGAACCGACUCAUAGGUUUCCGGAUCCUCCUGCUGAUAUUCUAGACAAUGCUCUUGCAUGGAAAGAUUCCAGAACAGAUCUUUCAAACAGUUCUUUAUUCGGCUCUUCUCACGUGCCAUCCACGUUGGCUUACCGAGCACCCCUAUCAUCAUACUCUGCACCUGAGAGUCGUCAAGUUUCUGGUUACUCUCCUGCACCAAAGAUGGGCGCCCCAUUAUUCGAAGCUUUUCCUACUCCCUUUCAGCCACACUUCCCGAUCACUCAAGUAUCUCUGGAAGAAAACGCGCAACCGAUAGCCUCAAGUUCGGAGGUUAUUCAGCCACCUCUAUUACCACCAGCACCUAUACCUAUGGGGUUUUCCUUUGAGAUGAACACAGGGUUUGGUUUCAAAGACCCAAUCUCUUCCCAAUCAAUGCUCCAAUUUCGUCAAGAAGAUCAAAUUGAGAUUGAAAAUGGGCAUCCAAAUUAUGCGCCAAAGAUGAUGAGCAACGAACCCCAAUCACCAGAACUCAUGGCUGCAUUCGAAUCAUCAGCUGAAGUUCGUGAAUUGAUUCACGAUUCAGAGGUUGAUGCUAUCUAUCAACACUUCAAAGGCUGUCUACUUGGUGGUGUAGUUCAAUGUCACCUUGAAUUCAUGCUUCACAAGUGCCCUAAUCCAAAGCCAGCAGCCGAUAUUAUCUCUUUCAUCACAUGCGGAAAUCCAUCAGCACCAAACUUUUAUGAUCACCCUGCAACAUCUCAUGAAGGUGUAUUUUUUCAAAUGCUUCAAUGUGAUCGAGGUGGAAAUAUACCACCAGAUGGAAAUCCUUUUCCUUCAAUAAAUCCACUCGAACAUCAUACUCCACGUGAACUACAACGGGUUUAUUCUCGAUUCUUGGCAGCCAACCCGUUUGGUUGGCUCUUCAAUCAUGAUCAGAUCUUCCGUCCAGGUGGUUUACAAACCUCAGAUCCGGCUCUUGUCGCUACAGUCGUAGGUUGGAGUCUCUUUGAAAAGCCUCGAAGGAAUCCUACCAGUCGAGCUCAAGAUGGACUGGAUGAUCGGUGUUAUAUGCCUUAUUUUGAAUUCGCCGAAGAAGAACUCAUGAAACGUACACUUUGGGAAACUCAUGAUGCACUUCCGACAGUACAGGCACUUGUCUUACUUGGAGUUUUUCGGACUGUUGAUAAACAACCUCGAGCGGGUUGGUCAUAUCUUAGUGUUGCACACCUUCUUGCACGACAAGCUACCCUUUAUUCUCAGGCUGCAAAGCGGGGUAAGGGUCAUUCAAAAAGAGCACGUGUGGAAGACACAUCCAGUAAUGAUAGUCAACUCAAUGGACUUUUUUGGCUCCUUACACUCUUUCGAACCUGGACUGCGCUCUCACUUCCUUUACCAUACACUUCUGUUGCGGCUAUACUACGAUUGGGACCGACUCUUCCUGAAUGCGGUCGGACUGCUCAUGGAUGGGCUGGUCGGUUUUUAGUCAAUUCAGCUCAGUUCAUUGAUAUCCUUUCUACAUUAAACAAAGAAGAAUCUAGACAUAAACGUACGUCUGAGAACGAGAUCGAUUAUGUUUCGAAUUGGCUUGCGGAUCUCGCUCGUAGACGUUGUCAAUUACUUCGACCUAACUUUUCGUCAAAAGAUGGAACCGAUUUACUUGAAAAGAUGAAGUUGACUCAUAAUCCACACUCGAAUGCUACUCUUGCUGUUAGUCUUAGUAUUCUAGCUUUGAAUAGAGUACAUCCUUUUAAACAAAUCUUAAUAGGUGAUCAUACUUUACCAACUCAACCUAGUACGAAUCAUACUCCUGAGAUGUUACAAAUCGCUACGACCGAAGCAGCUGGAGCACUUCUUUCGGCCGCUUCUGCAGGUUUGAGUCCUGGAGGAAGUGAAGAUGAAGAAUCGAUUGAUCAACUUCAUAACAUGAUCACAUACUUUUCUCCUCAACCUUUACCAUUACCAACCAGAAGUAAUUUUGAUGAAUCAGGAGGAUAUUUGAAAGAUGGGAUUCCUAAUCGAGAUUUAAAUGAACCACUUCCGCUUCUUUCGUCUGGUUUGAUUACUUCUUAUUCUAUUCCUUCUUCAAGUAACAGUAGUUCUACUAUGACUGGAGGAUCAUUAACUGAGAAUGGAUCGACAAGUUAUUUAACUUCACAAAACCGAUCACCUGAAUUAGAAAUCCAAGCUCAUGUUUCUAAUUUGAAUAACAACUCUUUUACCGAUUCAACAGAUUACAUACCAUUGAAUCAUUAUGAAUCACAACCGAUUUAUAAUUUUGGGUUUACUACUCAUUAUUCUCAAACUGGUUAUCAACCACCACAACAACCACAACAACAACCACCACCACCUCAGGUUUUUGUACAAGCAAUGAUGCAUAAAUUGAAUGAGAAUUGUGAUCAGAACUCAGUUGAGGAGAAAAAUGAAUGA